AUGGAUAAGAAGAAAGAUUCACCUCCAUCGGACAAAAAGAAAUCGACGACGACAACAACAACAAAGACAACCAAGCACGAAGAGAAAAAAGAUGAAAAUAUUCUUGUCAAAGCUGCACAUUCGAUUCGAGACAAAGUACACGGACUGACUGAUGAAGUCAAGGAUAAAGCACACCAUCUAACACAUAGUGAUGAUUCGAAAAAAGAUAAAGAUCAUAAGAAAUCAGAUACCAAAUUAAAAGCAUCAUCGAAAAUACCCAAAUCAUCGGAUAAAGAUAGUUCCGACGACGAAAAAGACAAAGAUCCAACUGCACCACCGGGUUCUUCAGAUGACAAGAAAAGUUCUACGGGUUUACCUUCUUCAGACAAGCCACCAGGUGACAAAGCAGCUGGUGAUGCUGCCCCUUCAUCGAAACCACCUCCAAGUAAGUCACCAGGAUUACCAUCUGGUGGUGGUGGUGAUACUGAUGCAGCUUCUAGUGCACCUACGCCUUCAAAACCAGCUAGUAAAGCAACGGAACCACCAUCCGGUGGCGAUUCAAAACCUCCUGGCGAGAAGAAGGGCGACACUCCAGCUGCAUCCUCAGAUGCACCUGGUAAUGCUGGUGCUAGUAAAUUUUCUGGUGAACCCAGUAGUGAACAGAAACCAGCACCUUCGGCUAGUCCUGAUGUAGCAAACAAAUCUCCCGCUGGAAGCAACUCAAAUGAUAAAGUUCACAUUUCUUUUGACGGUAUACAAACCGUCGAUGACUUACUCGAACGAAUAGACCAAGCUAUUGAAAGCGCACAGAUAAUUGUUGAUGAUGGCACGAAAAAGACUCAAGGAGAAAAACCCACUGCUGCUGCUCCUGCUGAUGCUGGAGCUGAAAAGAAACCUGCAGAGGAUGAACCAAUUCGAGUUAAAUUCAAUGAAGUUCGCAAUAUGGAAGAUCUUCUUAGUCUAGUUAAUAAUCAACCAGGUCAUCGAAAGGUUGUUCUCGAAGAUGCACCUGGUCAAUCCAAUACUGUUUCAAUCAAGAAGAAUAGUACCCAAUCAGUUGGUGAUUCGAAAGAUAAAAAUGCAACAACUACAGUAAAGAAAGAAGAAACUCCAUCAUCAACAAAAGUUGAAAAGACUGAAGAAACACCGACAUCCACUUCCAAAACAACUGAAAAGAAGGAAGAAACCCCAUCAUCAGCAACGAAGACUACCGAGAAGAAGGAAGAAACUCCAUCAUCAGCAACGAAGACUACCGAGAAGAAGGAAGAAACUCCAAACUCAGCAACGAAGACCACGGAAAAAAAAGAAGAAACACCAACGUCGUCCUCAACAACGAAGAAAGAAGAAACACCUUCAUCAUCAACCAAAGUCGAGACAACUAGCACACCAACAUCAUCAGAAACUACUGUAAAAACAACGGAUAAGUCUCCACAAUCGAAUGACGCGUCUUCGCCUGAAGGCGACCAAAUCCACGUGAAUAUUGAGAAUAUUCAAAGUGUCGAUGAUCUUUUGGAUCGAGUCGAUGAAGCUGUUCAAAAGGUUCCUGUUAUUAUUGAUACAAAGCCACGACCUAGUCCAAAUUCAUCAGAACAUAAGGAAGAUGAUCAAGCCGAUAAGAAAGACGAUUCCGCCGCACUGAAAUUUCAAAAAAAAGAUACUGAAACCAAACAAGACUCCGAUGGAAAAACAGUAACUAAAGAAGAGGUCAAGACUGAAGAAGAUCCCGACGGGAAAAAUGUGACCAAAAAAGCGUCUAGCGAAACGACCGAAACCUUCUAA